GGAGACGGAGAUGAAGGCGGAUGCCCUGUCGAGUACUCGCACCCAUGGCCGUAUCUCGACAAAAUGUUUAAGUUUACUGAACGGAUGAACGAUUCCUAUCGUUUUAAAUGCGUGCUUUGUUUGCCGAAAGUAAACCACAUCACUGCAUACAAAAAUUCGCCGUCCAACCUGCGGAAGCAUAUUCUGAGGAAACAUAAUUGUCAGCUGGCAAAGUACUGUGAGCUAACCUCGGUGGCCUCCAAGAGGAAAACCGACCCAGGAACGACCUCAAACACCAAGCAACUGAAGCUGCGGGAAACGAGACAAGUGUCUCAAAAAACGGUAGACAACUCGAUACUCCGCUUCAUUGUGCAAGGUCUCCAAGCCUUCUCCCUCGUAGAACAACAGUCAUUCCAGACCCUAGUCCAGGAUUUGCAGUCAAACUCUGUUGUAAUGUCUCAAGCUACGGUUUGCCGCAGAAUUGAGACAGCCAUGACUACCAUGAAGGCAAAAGUUAAGGAAGAAAUGAGCAAGACUGCUUACAUUGCCACAACAACUGACUGUUGGACUGCAAGGAGGAGGAGUUUUAUUGGUGUGACUGCACACUGGUUAGAUUCCUCCAGUUUUGAAAGACAUUCUGUGGCUCUUGCGUGUAGAUGGAUCACACAUUUGAUGUCUUGGCAAGUGCAUUGAAUGACAUACACACAGAGUAUGAAAUCCGUCAGAAAAUAGUGAGAACCACAACUGACAAUGGUUCAAAUUUUCUCAAAGCUUUUCGUGAGUUUGGACUGGAUGAAAACCACAAUGACCUUGCUGAGGAGGCAACCGAGGAAGGAGCCGAUGAAGAUAGCUCUGAUGAAGAGACAGAGGUUGAGUUUGUUGAUGUUGAUGCCAUUAUGGCUGAAGAUGAUUGCCUCCAGUACCAACUGCCAAAGCAUCAUCGGUGUGCCUGUCACUUACUCAAUUUGGUUUCCACAGUGGAUGUUGAGAAGGCAAACAGUUCAGAGGCCUACAAUAAACUUUCAAGGUCAGCCUUCUCUAAGUCCCAGGCUCUCUGGAACAAGACUUCAAGGUCGACUCCUGCUGCAGAGUCAGUUGAGAAGCACUGCAAGUUACAACUGGUACAGCCAAAUAAAACAAGAUGGAACUCUUUAUAUUUGGCUGUUGAGCGCAUUGUGAGAAUCCUCAAAGAUCAAGGAGAAGGACCCA